GGUUUUCAAGGAGGCAGGUUGAGACGAAAUAAUGACUUCUUGUUUAGAUAUGUCCUUGUCCUCAGCUCAACAUGCUAGCUGGAAUGCAGGUGAGAUUUUGAUGUGGGCAGCAAGACCAUCUGGGCCUUUGUAGUCAACAGAAGAUUUCAUGACUUUGUGAGGCAGCAUCUAUAAGAACUCAUUGAUGGAUACCUGAGAUACCAAUCUGUGUGACUGGAUGAAGAUCAUCUUAUGAGGGCCUUCUUGGAUUUCUGACUUGUCCUCGGAAGUGAGAGACUGUGGCCAGAAACCAUAGAGUCUGCAUCCACAAGAAGAGAACUGGCUGUCAGCUUUAGGAAAUACCCAUGUGGAUGAAGUCAGAAGCUGGUUGCCUGGGGACCACUUUGGUAGAAAGAGAAUACCUACAAUUCUUCCCAGAGAAGGCAGGUAAAAGAAAAUCUUUUGGAUAGAUGCAGAUAAUUAUAAAGCACCAUGUUCAGAUAUGGUAGAUCCUAAGGCAUUUUGUUGAGAUGAAGAAAUUCUUAAUGUGUUUUGUGUACCUGUGCAAGAAUUGACUGUAACUUCAGACUGAGGGGAAAAUACUAGAGCUACCUGUGUAGAUGUGGUCUCUCUUGGAGCAUUAUGGACACAUGAGAGAGUUCUAAUUGCCUCAUGGGCAGACAUGGAAGUUUCUAGACCUCCUUCUUGUGUACCUGUGGAAGUUGGAAGGGAACUUUUGUUAUCUGGAAAAGGGAAUAACACCUUUUGUGUAGAAUGUCAUGUUUCAUAGCCAACUUGAUGGGCAAAACAGAUUCCAUGGAUCCUUUGGAAGAUAAGGCAAAAUCCAUAGCCUUUGGAGUAUUAGGAAUAUGUUCUGGACAUACUUGUGUGCAUGAAGAAGAACCAACUGUCCUCUAUGCACUAGAACUAAACCACUUAACUGGCACCCUAUCCAAGCCUCUGACCUAAAAGAACUCAGGCAGACAGUGAAGGAAGAUGGCAUUCACACACCGUGGACAAAAUUCCUCCUACAGAGCCAUAUUGCCAACUUAAAUACCCCCCAAGAUUAGAGAGAUAUUUGCCGUUCUGCCCUUCCUGAUCCAAUGUUUCUAGAAUGGGAGGCAUAUUAUCGUGAUGAGUGUCUUCAGCAAGUCAGACAAAACCAGGGAAGGGAAGAUGACACUCCAUGGGGUUUUAAAGAACUCUUUGGCCAGGAAGAUUUCUCUACUGGGGCACAACAGGCAAGUCAGCCAGGAGGCUACUAUGACCAGGUCCGCCUCUGUGCCAUUCAAGCCUGGAUAGGCUUACUCCACCUUCAGGGUCACAAGACCCUGCCCACUCCCUGCUCUCCCUUCAUCAAAAGCCUGGAGAACCUCUAUCUGAUUUUAUCUUCAGAACUAAAAUGAGCUUAGAAAGAAAAAUCUCCAACCCCACAGCUAGGGACCUUCUUCUUAAAACCAUUGUUUGGGAAGGCAUGACUUCCGAGUCUAGACUAGCUUGCCAGGGUCUCCGGGAGGAGCAUCACGAUAGGUGGAUUGUAGCAACCAGGGAAAUAGGAACCCCAUCAACAGGUUGCAUCCAUAGCUCAGGAAUUUGUGGCAGCAAUAAAAACAGAAAAAAUCUGCCUCAAAUGUGGUGAGACAAGACAUUGGAAAGAUAAAUGCCCUACAACCUGCCAUCUUCGGGGCCGGGAGGCCCAGGGAGACCUCGAGCUCGUGCGUCCCCCGCCCCCGAGCCACCUGCUGCGAGCUGGCCCCGCCUCAACCACCACUGCACUAACCAGUGCCCAGAGAGAGCGGAGAGACGGCAUGAGCGAGGCGGGCGAGGCCACCACCUGCGACACUAUGCUCCCGCAGGCAGGCAGCGGACCCCGCCCCUAAGAGCCCUGAGGCCAGCGGCAUGCCCCAGGCCCCGGCGCCAGCCGCGCCCCUCAUGGGGAGCCCUGGCAGAGACGCAGCCCCCGGACCCGCCCCGGCCUCUUCAGCUCCCGUGGGCAGCGAGGACUCGGAGAAGAAAGUUCUCGCCACCAAAGUCCUUGGCACUGUCAAAUGGUUCAACAUCAGAAAUGGAUAUGGAUUUAUAAACCGAAAUGACACCAAAGAAGAUGUGUUUAUACACCAGACUGCCAUCAAGAAGAAUAAUCCACGCAAGUAUCUGCGCAGUGUGGGGGAGGGAGAAAUUGUAGAGUUUGAUGUGGUUACAGGAAAAGGGGGUCCUAAAGCAACAAAUGUGACUGACCCAGAUGGAGUUCCAGUAGAAGGGAGCCGCUACGCUGUGCACCGUAGACCUCCCCAUAAUGCUGGUGAGAUUAGACAGAUUAAAGAUGGAGUCCCCAAGGGAACACAACUCCUGGUCCAUCAGAAUCCAACCUACAGCCCGAGGUUCCGCAGGGGACCUGCUCACCCACGCAUGAGCCCAUAUCGUUCCCUACAGGUGGUAGAGCCAGCUACAGGUGAUAGAGCCAGCUCCAAGAGUGUUCUCCCCAGUUAUUGCCCACAGAAAACCUCUCCCCGAAACUCCAGGACAGUGAGUAAUUCACAGCCUAGUUCACAAAACUAGGCAGGCUUCUUUCUGUCUCCCCCCUCUUUCUCCACGUGUUCCUUGUUAGCUUCUUCUAAUUUUUAGCUACUGCCUAGUUCAAAAGACUAGGCCCCACUCUUUCUCCAUGUGUUCCUGGUCAACUUCUCUACUUUAACUCCUCCUCUUUCUCUCUGUCUCUCCCUCUCCAUGUGCUUUCCAGCUCAAGGGCAAGAUGACAGACCCCCUAGCCUCCACUUUGCCCAUCCCCCAGCUCUACAGAGAGGGCUCCUUCACAGACAACAGCAGUCUUUCAAGUCACAGUGCCUGCUGUGACCCUCCUAAGACUCCUUCCUUAGGUGAGAGAUUCCUAUAGCCUUUCACUCUCUGACUCUUAGCUCUCCUAUCAAGCCUAGGUAUCUCUCCCUAUAAACUUCAAGUUAGCUUUUUGAUCCUUCUCUACAAUUAAAAUUUCUAAUAAAAAGAAAGGUGGAAUACAGGUCCUCUCUGCCAGAGCACCCGGAUGCCACAUGGCAGAACAAGGCCCCUCACCACUGCUUCUAAACCCGCCGUACUGCUUUUCCCCAACAGGAGGGCCUGCAACAAAUGUUCCUGUUUUUCAACCAAAAAAUUUUCCUUUUCUUUCUAACAGGAACACCUAGAGCAACAAUGCUUGUGUUUUUCAACCAAAAUGUUUGUUAAUUUUUUAUUUCAAUGCUGCCUUUUCUCUCUAAUAUUCGUGAUAUAUGUCCAACAUUAUUUUUUUUCAACCUUUAUAAUUUCUUUAAGGUUUAAAAGCCAUCUAAUUUCCUUCCACAGUUUAAGUGAACGUGCUGAUCACCAUUUCUUGAGUCUUAAUUAACAACUAAUUUCUUUUACAGGCAAACUGUUGCUGCCAAUCCCAGAUACAAAAUUAACAUUGUUUUUCUCCCUCAGCCAUCCAAAAACAGACUCAGAUACCUUCCAAGACUAAACUUUCCUCAAACACCUUUGGUUUUCCAGGAUCUUAACAACAGGCCAUAAGGUGCUUGUUCCCAAGCAAUUUAAUGCCCCAUGUCCAGCCUACAGACAUCUCCCUGCCCGAGGUGCUGCUUCCCUCCUGUGAUUAUCCUACAGGUAUACCCACAGAUCCAACAGAGUCCAGCCAUCUUCUGGAACCUGCCUGAGAUGCCAAGCUGCCUUUUCCUAGUCACCUCAUCUGACUACAGACUCCAGAGACACGCCGAGAUCCAGUGACAGCGCCACCUCCUGAAACCUGCUAAGCUGCCUUCUUCCAGUCAUCUCAUCUGACUGAAGACCCCAGAACAUGCUGAAAUCCAGAGACCCACACCAGGCUCCAGAGAUGCAUGCCAGAACCCAGAGAUGCUCACUACAGAAGACAAAUCUAGACCUUCCAGCUACAAAUGAACUCUUUUGCCAAAGUCACAUAGCUAAAGUUACAUGUUAGUGAGGAAAACAUAAUGUCUAUUUAGAUUAAUCAGAUGUCAUUACCCUC